GGCAUGUAGUAAACACAACGAUAGUCCCACGUCCCACAGGUGAACCUCAGAGUUUCGACGGACAGUGCAGAAGAAUGAUUUUGCAGUAUUGAAACAAACUCAAAGAAACUGUUUUGAGGGAAAAUACAGGAUGGAGGAGCUACUAUCAGACGGAGAGAAGAAUGCGAAGACUGUGACGUGUCAGCGCUGUGGCAGUGUGGUACUGAAACCGAACAACGCUACGCUGGUCAAGAAAGAGAAGUUCCUUCCCAGCAUGAGGAAGAAGACGGAAGGUACAGAUGCGGGCGGGGACACCCUGCAGGACUUCUGGCUGGUGACGGACAUGUACACGUUCGAGAACGUCGGUUUCACCAACACCGUAGAAAACAUCAAGUUCCUGAUCUGUGCAGACUGUGAAAUUGGACCAAUCGGAUGGCACGACCUCAGUGACAAGCAGGCCUUCUACGUGGCGCUAGAAAGGGUGGAGCAUAAAUAGUGCUGUAAUAGGGGGUAACAGUUUACUUAACACCACUAGGAAUGGGGGUUUCCAGUAUUCCUUUCCACAUGGUAAUUUUGAAAAUUUGUGUUGUACUAAAGAGCUUCCUCUAAAAGUUCAAUGUUGUAUUUCGAGGAUGAAAAUAUGAUAAAAAUUAUGGAUAUGGUCAAGAAAUGAAGUUAACCAUAUAACUAGUGUCAUAGUCUGAUUAAAUCAUGCUUAUAGUGGCACAUCCAACAUUGCCAGCACAGUUACAGCCCUGGAUAGUGGAGUUUGCAGACACAUUAUGCAGACUGUGACAUAGUGUUAGGUAAGUUUUAUAUGUUUAGGGAGCUUUAACACUUCAUAGUAUAAUUAAGGGUUAAAAAUAUGAGUGAUGUCCAAAAUCGCCCUCUUGAAGUGCACUACAGAAUUUUUUACCUGAAUAUAAAAAUACUGACAGUAAAAGUAGCUUAAGGAAAUAAAAGUGAUAGUAUAUUAGUAAUGCAUAUGAAGGGAAAGUCAAGAGUCAUCCUUUUCCAAAUGCAAUAAAUGGAACAUGGUUUGUGAUGUUUUUGUAAACCUUUGCACAAUGUGCAAUAUGUCAGUAUGACUGUUAUUCCCUCUAAUGUAACAAUUACUUAGAUAAUGCUGCGUAUACACAUCACCAUUUAUUCUGCAUCAUAACUUUGACAUAAAGUUCUAAUUGUAAUCAGCUUGAUUGUCUUUAUUCAAGUAGAAACAAAACAAUGAAUCCAAAACACA